AUGCUACUUCCGCGGCUUUCGUCCCUUUUGUGCUGGGCUGGCUUGGCCAGCGUGCCUUUGGCCAGCGCCUACGAUGGUGAUGACAAUGUCAAGAGCAUUCCGCUUCGCACGCACAGUCUUUCACCGCCAUACUUGGAUUCCGACUUCCAAAGCCGCUGGUUCGAUUUUGGUGGUGACACGAUAGUUCGCGCCGACAAAUACAUCCGUCUUACGUCCGAUCGUCCGUCGCAGCAGGGAUGGAUCUUCUCCCGUGUGCCUUUGACCGCGACCAACUGGGAGAUCGAGGUUGAAUUCAAGAUCGAAGGGUCCGGCAACUUGCACGGCGAUGGUUUCGCCAUGUGGCUCACCAAGCAGCGCGCCACCCAGGGUCCUGUCUUCGGUUCGACGGACAACUUCGAGGGUCUGGGUAUAUUCUUCGAUACGUACAAGAACAACCGUCCCGGCACUUCGUUCCCCUACGUCAUGGCCAUGAUGGGCGACGGCCAGACUACCUACGACCAGGCUCACGAUGGAAAGGCUAAUGAACUGGCUGGCUGUUCUGCUCGUGGUCUCCGUGGUGCCUCCAUCCCUACCAAGGCCCGCUUGACUUACUUCCAGGACAAGUCCUUGACCUUGGACCUGCAGUACAAGUCCGAGGACAGCUGGAUCCCCUGCUUCGAGCUGACCGCCCCCGAGUACAACAUCGCCAUCCCGUCCGUCGCCUACCUGGGCUUCUCCGCCGAGACUGGUGAGCUCAGCGACAACCACGACAUCAUCUCCGUCAAGGCCCAGAACUUGUACAGCGUUGGUGGCGGCAGCGGCAGCAGUGGCAGCGGUUCCCGCUCGGGCAAGGGCCGCGACACUGGUCGUGUCAAGCGCCGUAAGCAGAAGGGCAGCUGGGGAUGGUUCCUGUUCAAGACUAUUCUGUUCUUCGCUGUGGUUGUUGGAGGCUAUGUUGGGUACACUGCGUACCGCACCAAGCACCGCUACUCGCGGUUCUAG